AUGGAUGCCCCAAGUCCCCGACUCGACCGUUCCAUCCGUGCCCGCAGUUGGUCGUCGUCGAGGUCUUGGGACAAGAAGAGCCAACAUUCCGUUCAUGUCAACGAUGGCAUUCCAUUGCUCUUCUGGUUGCCGUGCGCCGUUAUUUCACGUUCCAGUGUUGGCUCAAAGGGAUGCAGCAUCCGCGUGUCGAUCGCUGCAUUCGGGCAUAUCCAGCCUUCAGUCCUGGAUCUUCCAUGUGCGACUGGGAAGUCUCAAUUCCGUUUUGGGUUCGGGCAUGUUCAGCAAGAUCGACAGGCACGCCAACUAGGCACCAUGUCUUUCAGUGUCCUUCAACUUGAGAAACGUCUAAAUCAGACGUUUCGAAGACCGCCUUCGUCUUCGUCUUCGUCGUCGUCCAACUCGAAAUGGGUGCGACGGAGACGCCCUCAAGUGCCACCAACCCAUCCCCUCGGGGCCCCUGAGUCGAGUGGCUGGUUUCUGGGAAACUUUUGUGUUGCAGUCGCGCGAUCGGCUCUAGUAGCCCAAGGGUCCAACCCUUUCCUUUGUCUUCUUCGUGAAGGGGGAGCGGAACGCACGGGAGCGGCAGCACCAUAA